GCUCUGUAUCGUGACGUCACAUAAUUAGAGUAAAUACAAAGUAGAUGGUGUGGGCAUCGUGUGGUGUUGUUUGUAGUGUGCUCUCUGAUUAAAUGUUAAAUAAAAAUGGAUAAUAAUGAUGUGCAGUUGGUGGGGGGGCCCUGCGGUCAACAUGGUCCUUAUACCUUCUACAAGGCGUUCAAAUAUACGAAAAACGGAGUGAAACGAAUAGUGACUUUGAGUGAGUUCUUUUUCGUAAAAAUGUGGCGCGAUUCGGACCUUUUGUGUAUCGGUGAACUGCAAUUAUUGUGGACUGACAAAAAUAGUGAACAAAUGCUGGCGAGUCUUCGUUUGUAUUUCCUGCCGGAGAAUACCCCCGAGGGGAGGACAGACCAUGGCGAGGUAAGCGAAUUCCGAAUUGGCGACGAGCUUUUCCGAAAUAAAUAA